GAGAGAAAAGAAAGAGGACGGGAAGAAAACCGUUAAACGCGGACGACCGUUCGAGCGUUCAUAUGCGCUAGUCAUCAAGUGAAAUUAAUUGGCAAAUUCACCGACGCAUGGUUGUACAGAAUACGCAUCCUUUUUAAAAUACAAUGGCGACUUUCAGUACGAAGAACUUUCGCUUGGCUGGCAUAAAUGCUAUCUUCUUCGAUUUGGACAAUACUCUCAUCGAAACGAGAAAAGCUGAUAGUCGAACCUGUCGAAAGCUGGCCGAGGAGCUGACACAAGAAUAUGGAAUUCCUGAAGAAGUAUCCAUAAAAGUUACAACUACAUAUUUGAAGCUCUUCAGAAAAUGUCCAGAUAAUAUCACGUGCACAUUAGAUGCCUGGCGAAUGAUAUUAUGGAAUAAAGCAUUAGGAGAAAAGUUUUCAUAUUUAGCCAAAAAAAUUUACGAACGUUGGCUAUAUUUAAGAUACCAAUAUUUGGCAUUAGAAUCUGAUACAAUCUUAUUACUUCGUCGGUUGAGAAAAAAAUAUUUAUUGGGAUUAAUAACGAAUGGACCAUCAAAUGCGCAAUGGGAGAAAGUGAGAAAGCUUUCAUUAGAACAAUACUUUGAUAUUAUUUUAGUAUCAGGUGACUUGCCAUGGGAAAAACCAGAAGCAAGAAUUUUUGAAGAGGCAUGUCAGUUUCUUAAUGUGACACCAAGUAAUUGUAUAAUGAUUGGUGAUAAAUUAGAAACAGAUAUCUUAGGUGGAAUAGAAGCAGGCUUUGGCGCCACUGUAUGGAUACCUACUAUAGAUAAACCACGCUUAUCUAUAGAAGAUCCACAACCAGAUUUUACUGUAAGACGUUUAAUGGAUAUUUCAAAUAUAUUGAACCGUAAACCAGGUGCUCCAGAACUUGAAGAUACUUCCUCUAAUGCUUCUGAUGGCAGUUAAUGCAAUAUUGAAUGCUUUUAUUUUCUUUUUUAUGGUAUAUAGUGUAGUUAUAUACAUUUCAAAAGUGACGUUAUAUUUUUAAUAGCUAACUGAGUUUGUGUUAGAUAUUACAAAUAACAGUCAUUAGCCUGCAUAUAUCGAAUAUCACAGAUCUUGUUUUAUUUCUCUUUAGUGUACUUUGGCGAAUACUGUCUUAUUAUUUUCUUUUAUGGUUACCAUUUUUAAUUAUUAAGCAUUAUUAAGUAUCUACAAUGGUUUAGUUGAAAAUUGUAUUUUAUAUUAUGAUACUUAAGUAUUUGUAUCUCGAAUUCUCUGAAAAAAAAAGAGAUGUAACAAAUGUACAAAGCACAGUGCACAAAUAGACCUAUAUAGUCAUGAACUUGGGGGUAAAACAACCCGAGUGUGAUAAUGAAAGGAAUAAGCAAGUCUUAUUCUGAAUAGAUACAAAUAGACUAUUAUACAAAAUUUAUUUGCAAUGUAUAAAAUAUUAGUAUACUCGUGUACCACAGUGAUUUAACUGUGCAUACUUGUUUGGACUUGCACGUUUAUACGUGCAUCGUGUAAUUAUUUGUAGAUAAAUUAUGUGUAUGUACAUACACAAGCGAGACAUAUAUUUUUUACUGUAUAUUUUAUUUUUAUUACAAAAAAGAAAAAAAAAAUAAAGGAAAACAAGUUUCACAUGAUAUUCUCGAAACAAUGGGAAUCUCUGUAAUACUACACUUACAAAUAUAAAAAUAAAUAUGUAUGCAAUGA